AUGGAUUUCUGGAGAAGGGAAGAAGGAGGUGCAGCAUGUGAGCUGGUGGGCGAGGAAAUGGCCACCUUGGUGGGCAAUGGGGUUUGUUCUUGUGGCUUCGCCGGCCAAGCAGCCUUAUCCCUCGGCCUGUCAGCGUGGGUGUUCUUCCUAACCACCCACGGCAACAUGGACAUCACAUACCCGGAGGGCUCUAUGCAGCGCGAGAUCGAGCGCAAGCGGCUAGAAUUCGUGUCGAACAUUCUCAUGAUCGGGUCGGAUAUCCAAUCCACGCUCGGGAUAUCAUACAUGGUCACGGUGUUCUCGCAGGCCCAGAUCAUGGAUACAUACCACCUACACCUCGUGUUCGACAUCGUCAGCUUCGUCGGCGUCUCGAACACCGCCGCCCUCGUCUGCUGGCGAUUCUGCCGCGCGAAGAUCGAGGCAUCGGACACCACGCCUCAUCCCAAGGGCACCCGCGACCGCAUAUCCUAUUUCCACGGUCGCUACCGAGCCACCUUCGGCUUCACCAUCCUCUACCUGGCGCUUCUCAUCCUCCUCUGCGUCCGCCUCGACGAAUGGGCCCCGAACAAGGCGCCCGGUCGUUGCUACUUCUCGCACUUGGUAACCAGCCCGUCGGCCUCCCAUCCCGGCGCAGACCAGGUCUACGUCGCCGUCACCGGCUCCUGGCUUAUAGUCGUCAUCCUUGCCAGUGUGUUCUCCGGCGUUCGCGGGCGACGCUGGAUCCUGAUCCUCUCCUCGUUCCACUUCCCCUUGCACCUCUAUAUGGCGAUUGCGCUGCGGCAGGCAAACCAGGGCAAGUUCGAGGGCGAGACGAAGCACGAGAACGAGUGGGACUUUGGGCAGACGACGGCGGUGGUCCUUCUGGGCAUUGCGUCGUAG